AUGUCAUACACAGACCUCCACUGUGGUCAGUAGUGACAUGUACAUGUAUACAUGUACUAGUUGACACUUAAAGUUGUAAUCAACUUUCUCCUUCCGUGUUUAACAUGUACAUGUUUUAUCCCACUGUGUCUCGCCAUUUGAAAUAGUUUGUAUAUCAUUAGCAUAGGCUUGCAUGUACAUGUAGGCAUGCCCACAACAUUUAUUUUUACUAAGAAACGGGUAUUUCCUCUUUUUCCUGGUGAGUGGUUAUUAUACAACUCAUACAAAGAUUCUUGUCAUUUGAUUGGUUGAAAGCCAUUCAAUAUUUAGUCCAUUUUUGCAUGCGUCAUUUGUAUACCAUUCAGGUGUGUGGUCUACUUUCCAAAAAAUGUACCAUUUAAAGGGGAGAAAACUGGCUUGAUCAUAUUAUUAAAAUCAGUAAUUAUUAUUUAGCCUUCAUGAAUAACUCACUAACUCUAUGUAUUUUGAUUAAAGUCUGAAUUACUUUUAAUAUCAACUGCUCUUGUACUCCAGUAUUGUUGAAAUUCCUAGUUUCAUUCUGUACAUUUCCAUAAACAUGUAAACAUAGUAUAGCAUAUAAAGCAAUUGGUAGAGGUAAAUAUUUAAGAAGUGGAUAGCUUGUAAAGAAAACCCAAUUAUCAAUCAAUCGCUGUCUUUUACUUUUUAUCUGUAGGUACAUCUCAUCAUGGCGGCAGGGCCAUAUAACUACUCUUAUAUCUUCAAGUAUAUCAUUAUAGGAGACAUGGGGGUCGGAAAAUCAUGUCUCUUACAUCAGUUCACAGAGAAAAAGUUUAUGGCCGAUUGUCCUCACACAAUUGGAGUUGAGUUUGGAACAAGGAUAAUAGAGGUCUCUGGUCAGAAAAUCAAAUUACAAAUAUGGGACACAGCAGGUCAGGAGAGAUUCAGGGCAGUAACUAGGAGUUAUUACAGAGGAGCUGCUGGAGCAUUAAUGGUUUAUGACAUCACAAGACGAAGCACUUACAAUCAUCUCAGUAGUUGGCUUACAGAUGCCAGAAAUCUUACCAAUCCAAAUACAGUAAUAUUUCUUAUUGGCAACAAGAGUGAUUUAGAAGCUCAACGAGAUGUCACAUAUGAAGAAGCCAAGCAAUUUGCAGAAGAAAAUGGUCUACUUUUCUUGGAAGCUAGUGCAAAGACCGGUGACCAUGUAGAAGAAGCAUUCCUGGAUACUGCCAAAAAGAUCUACCAAAACAUCCAAGAUGGAAGUCUCGAUCUGAAUGCCGCUGAAUCAGGAGUCCAACAUAAACCCGCCGCUCCCCGCAGCAAUCAACUGAACACUGACCAACAGCCUGGCAAAGACGGCUGUGCGUGCUAACAUCAUCUCCUCAUCGUAGCUUCCGCCGCCUCUUUCUUUCUUUUCUCUCUUCUCCAUCUAAUCUGUGGAAGGUAAUGAUCGCCGGUGCUCACAGGUCCAUGGUACAGUGGGGGUCCACCUCUAGGGGGCGCCCUCUGAAUGGAAAGGGCUUUUAUUCAUUGUAAUGGAAGAGUAAUGAAAGCGCCACUAACCCUUUGGGUUAUAUUUUUGAGUCAUUAUCUUCAGCAGUUUUAAGUACGUAGUGCAUAUGCAUGAUGUGCAGACGAUAGUUGAUUUUGUUUCUAAUUUCUGUUUCAUGCGUCGGUCAUAGUACUAGGCUAGUUAAAGACUGUUGCAGCUAAGUUUAUGACAGGUUUUAUUUGUGGAAUAUACAAGUAUCUUGAUUGAUACAAAAAGCAUGAAAGCGUCACAUAAAUCGUUCUUCCAAAAUUGAUUUAGUGAUACCUCAAAAUAAAGAAAAUAGUAAAGAAAAUUUCAUCUCUCAUUGAAUUACGUGUAGCAAGUUCCUUCGUCUUGUAUGAUUUCACUAAAGAUUCAAAUUCUAUUUGAAAUGUUUAAUCAAUAUAUACUUUGUGUGACUGACACAUUUUCACUCUUACAUUGUGCAAUGAGAGAAGUAGAUGAUAUUCUAAAGAUCAUUCGUAAUCUAGUAAUGUUGGGAUUCAAAUUUGUAAGACUCAUUGUGCUUUAUGCGUUUGUGACAUGGAUAAAACAUAUACUACAAAAUUCAAAAUGAUGUGCAUGCUGUGAAAAGGUUUUCUGUGCUACUUCAAUAAAAUCAUUCAUGAUCCAUAUGAAAGUGCUAGAUUUCUGGUUGGCUUUACGUCACUUUGAAAAUAGGAGAAAACACCGAGCUGUGAUGGAUAAAGAUAAUUGAGUUCUUGCAAUGCUUACAAGCACAGUAGAGUAUGUUUAUAAGGUGGCUGUGCUGUACCAAUUCAUUUUAUUACAUUAUUAUAUCAUAAUGACAAAGUUGCCAGUUGACAAAAUGGAAUUCACAUAUAUUCCAUAAAGAUGCUAGUCUUCACUUCAGUCAAUUUAGAACCAAGGACCUGGGAGCAUUGACCAUGAUCGACUUCACAGGAAAAUAGUAUCCCAACCAUGGUGAUUGUGAUUCUAUUCUGUUUCACAGAUGGUAGUAUGGAAAGAGGAAAAAAGGAUACCUCUUUUGUUGACUUCGCUCAACACGCGGGACAGAUUGAUCGAUAUUCUGUUUUCUUUUCUUUUUUUUUCAUUCAAAUGCAAUAUGUGUACAUGACUUAAUCUUAUGAUUUAUUGAAAUGUGUUAUCUUGUGUAGUACCCUCGUUAUCCCGUAAAGCCAUAUGACUAGGAUAAUUCUGUACGAGUACUGCGGAAUGAAGGUCACACAAGUGGAGUGAACAAAAGAGGUUUAGAUCUCUUAGAUUGGUAUUUUCAUAUUGUUUGAUUCUGUUAUUUUUUCGGUUAGAUAAGUAGCAUGUAUGGACGUUCAGAUGACAAUUGCGUGAUGUGCUAGAUUUCUUAGCAUUGUCUGAUUAUAUUGAUUAAUAUAAGAAGAUUGCUCUUAGCCGAUUGGCACUUCAUAGACUGUACAUUCAACGCAGAGCUUAUUAUUAUGAGAAACCUAUUGUAUUAUGUAAAUACUUAUAUAUAUAUUAUAUAAAUGGUACUUGUAGCAAUGAACUGCGUUCCCAUUGGCUCGAUCUCAUUUGUUGGGCAGCUCUUUGUGAGGAAGAUGCACAUUGCCAAGUAUGUAUUGGUUUUUUUUUGUUGUUGUGUAUUCGUCUGCAUGCAUGAGCUCUGUCACUGUGUGCGUGCAGUCCAGAGAAUAGAUUUGUCCGGCCUCAAUAAGUGGUACGCAACAAAUGUGAUGGCCGUGGGAACAGCUUCAAAGGGAUGUGUAAAAUGUGUAAAUCAUGGCUUUGCCAAUCUGUAGAAAAAUGUGCUGUCUUUUUUGUACACUUAAAUGAGAAGUAAAUUACCAAACAUUUUGUAUUUUAUUAGCUUAGAGAUGGAUUAUAUAUAUAUAUUUCAAGAUAUGUUCAAGUUGUCGAACAACAUAAUAUUAAUUCUCAAGGCAUUUGAAACAUAACAGGUAAGAUUUUAAUCCAGUUUAUCUGUAAAUAGAUUUUCAGGAGCCAAACAAUGAAAAAGAAUGCACUUCAAAGUAUAUUUCUAAAUAAGUUUCCUCAAACUUUCCUAAUAUUUAAGUAAUUUCUUGAGUAUUUAUCAUGAAAUAGAUUUCACAUUUUACAGGCUGUUAUUCUCUAUUACUCUUGUGAUGUUCUCACUAUCUUUUAUUAUAUUUAAUUACCUUGCCUGUCUGAAAUUUUGGCUGUAUAAUACAUUAAUAUAUCAUUUACUAACAUCACUUAUUUAAUUGCAUUUGUAAAAUAUGCAAAUGAGAUAUGUGUUUUAUUGGUGUUGCAUGAAUUUAUACAAAAUGACAUUCCAAAGUUUAAUUAUGUCAGAAUUGAAUGGGCACAAGUAAUAUAACUAUUUCUUGUUUUAAAAUGAGUAUUUGUUGCAGUCAUAUUUCUGUCAUUAAAAAAAAAACCCAGACAAUUUAAAUUGUCCAUCUACUGAUACUGGUAACAUUAUGAGUAUUUGCUCCAAAGAAUGAAUUGCCUUUUUAUCUUUUGAAUAAUGAUUUAAGUUCAAAAUGGAGCUGAGAAAACCGAUCAUAUUCACAUCCACAAUAUUUUAUCAACUUGAACGACCCUUUAAAAAAAUUACAAAUCCCUAAAAUGUCUUGUUCCCUCCGAAAAUUGGUACUCAUCCUUUUUAAGCUGUGAAUGCAUAAAAUCAAAUUAAGUAGAAGUUACUGCUUUACAUUUGAUUUUUUGUGCAUUGGUAUUAGUUUGAGUAACAUCACUAUAAACAUAAAUCUCAUGAGUUGGCAGUUUCUUACCGGUACACAUUUUCUUAAAAGUAAUGUGAAAAAUUAAUAUGGAGGAAAAGGAAAAUACAGUUUACAAUAUAUAUGUGGGGGCAUCAUGGUCUAGCGGUUAUCACUCUUGUCUUUCAAUCAGAGGGACGUGGGUUCGAUUCCCAGCAAUGGCGUGUUUUCCUUCUGCAAGAAAUUUACCCACAUUGUGCUGUACUCGACCCAGGUGUGGUGAAUGGCACAGUAGAGUAUAUAGCUGCACUAUAUAUAAAUGGACCAUAUUAUUAUCUUUCCUUUCUCAGCCCUGUUAUAUUUUUCUCACCCUCCAUUGUUUUUUCUACCGUCUGUGUAAUAAGCUUGCCUGUUUAUUUUAUCUUGUCCUACCCAGACUUUGCAUUAUAUUAAACUAACAACAACAUUAAUGGAUUGUGUAUUAACAUGAGUAAUACCUUCAUAUAGCAGACUGCUCAACCAACAAACCUAUUAUUAAAGCAUAUGUUCUAGUUAUAAUCGAGUUCAACUGGGGUUGAUUGUACCGGCCCAUGUAUGCAUGUAUGCCUCGUUCUUUGGAAUUCUUAAUGUGUACUUCAAUAAUAACAAGAUUUGUCGAAAUGCUAGGUGAAAUGAAUAGAAUGAAAUAAGUUCCAGCAAUGUAUCAUGAAGUCAUCAUCUGGGUUAUUCAAACAUUCAAUAAUUCUCUUAUUUUUAGUGAAAUAAGAAUUGAAAUGACCCUACUUGUAUGCAUGCCAUUGAAAAGGGAAGUUUUCAUAAUGUCUUUGAGCAUUAGGUUUUAAGAAUUUUUAGGGGCGAUCAGGGCCCUGUCUUACGAACAGUUACAGUUGAUCCGAUCAAUCGCAACUAUGGACGGCCAGCAACGUCAACAUGUAUAAUGCAUGUUUGUUCCAAAUAUUUUCUAGCUAUGAUGUAUAUUCAUGCAUAUUUCAUCGUUGUCUUGAAAAUUCACUGUGCUUCUCUUUGUUUACCAAGGACAUUGUGCACAUUUCCUGUAGAAAACAUGACACUGAUGGCUUUCCAUAGAGUUACGAUUGAUACUCUUUUGUAAGACGGGGCCCUGGACUGUCAUCAGGGUGAAAUCCCCCAUCGCCCCUGUAAUUCCGACGCUGCUUUGAAUAUUGUGCAUUGCAGGGAUGUAGUCAAGGCCGGCCUGAGACCAUAUUUUGCCAGCCCCUGCCUUGGUCCGAGUCCUGUGUACAAAAUCCUUGGGAGAAGGUUUUUUUUCCAGAAACCUUGUAACUCGGAACUUCCAACCUCAAAUACUUUUCUAAUGCAUUGGAUAAAUGCAUGCUUGUAUGAAGGAAAGCUGAUUAGCAAAGAAACAUUUCACAUUUUCUUUGAAUAUGAAUAAAAGGCUACCUCAUGUGAUCAAGGAUAUAGGUUAGAGUUCAUUUGGCUAUGGCUGCAAUUGUCUCUUCCAAAGAGAAGCUCAUCAUGAUCUAACGAGAUACAGAAAAAUAAUUAGGAAAAUAUAUUGUUUACUUCAUACAAAAUCUUGGAGUCUGAUUAAUCACAUUGGUAAAGCUGGGAUGAAACACAAUUGCCUCAGAUUUAUUAAAGCAACUUCAAAAUUAAUGACUUUGUCUUUGUCAGACAGAAUUUGCUUGAACAUUCACAACUGGUUGAUCCCACCCCUUUGUUUUGGGUUUCUUUUAAACUGUAAAAAUAUUAGAUGUAACUUCAACGCUCUUUUUACUUUCUUGAUAUAUGUAGUUACGUGUACCUGGAAACCCUAUGGUUAACACUGGAGAAAUACUUUUAUUUUUGUUUGAAUCAGCAUUGUGUUUAAAAGGAUUAGCAGUACAGGCUAUGUAUGAAUGCAUACAUUUAAGACGUUUGUUCAAACUUGUUGGGAAUCUGGGUUAAAUAAAAUGAUUAUGGGAUUACUUAAUUUCACACUUUACAACCAAAUAUUGUUUAAAAAUUAAGGUUACAUUCCAAAAACAGCGUAUCAAAUCUUAAUUUCAAAUCUUGCUGGAAAUAACUUGAAUACUUUAAUGUAAUCACUUCAAACAUCUUUAAAAUGUUUUCCUAGUUGUAACAAACACGAGACAUGAUUCUAAAAGUUUGUCUACUUUCUAUACUCAUCAUAUCUAAUUUAUUUGUUGAUAUAUCAUGCUAUUGUAGUAAACCCAGUAAGAUCCUUUAUUAGUACACCUUAUAUCUCUUUUGUGUUCAUGUGGUAUUCAUUAUAUAGAAUACCUACGACAGCAUACUAAUUUGUUGGUUUAUAUUUUGUGGACUAAUAUAUUUGAACUGGUUUUAUUUGUAAUGGAAAGUAAAGAAAUUGAAACAUGUAAAACUCCCAUUAUGUAUUUUGUAUUUUAUAGCAACACCAUUAUUGAAUAUGAUGCAAAUGUGUUUGUUAAUAGGUAAUCCUAAUUGAAGUUGUCUCUUUGUGGAUGUUCUUUUUUAUAUAUGGCAGAGAGUAGUGGCGGUUUAGAUGUAAUAUAUUGAUUGGGUGUAGAAGAAUAUUUUAAUUAUUUUCUUUAUCUUGCACCCGUCAGCCCAGCCACCCCUCCACUCCAAGUUAACAUUUGUGGAUUCAAAAAGUGUAUAGUGAGCGAUUUAUGUGUGUAUGAAAUACAUUUAUUAUUGAAUGGUUAUUAAAAUGAUUCUGUGAAAUAAUAACAAAUAAAAAGAUACAUUGAGACAAGUGACAAA